AAAAAUAUGUUAUCAGAAUGGCUGACCCUCAAUCUGCACACGCGUUUAAUCAUAAUCGUCAUAACCUCAAAAACCUUCGACCUCAAAAGGUUUCGACCUCUUCGCGUGUGAUCUAUGUGUAAACUCAUGUGGGGUCGGAAAACUGAAACGUACUAUUCGCAAUCUUUAGAUAAUUAUUCUUUAAAAAUAUCCGCUCCACAACGCGACGAGCGUCUGUUUUAAGAGAUUGCGUGACGGAAGACGAAGACGGUUUUAGAAUCGGGUUUUGUGUCAAUUGAUUUACCUCACAAUUUAUAGUAAGUUUUCUGAAAUGGUUAUUCCCCGUUUAGCAUUGGAAACUGGACGUUUGUUAACAAAAUCGUCAUUAUUAAAACGGAUUCCUCUUGGAUGUUCCAAUAAAAGAUUUAUAAGUGUCGCCAGAAAAUUGAUGGCCGAACGUUUAUAUAGUGAUAAACAUGAAUGGAUAGAAAUAAAUGGUAAAAUUGGAACGGUUGGAAUUUCAGAAUAUGCUCAGGAGGCACUAGGUGACGUUGUAUACGCCCAACUCCCGGAAAUAGAAUCUAACCUUAAACAGCAUGAUGAAUGUGGUGCUUUAGAAAGCGUAAAAGCAGCCAGUGAGCUUUAUUGUCCCGUUUCUGGAGUUGUAAAGGAAAAGAAUACUGCCGUGGAAGAGUCGCCAUCUCUUAUCAACACGUCGUGUUAUGAUAAAGGCUGGCUUUUUAAAGUUGAACUUACCAACGAUAUAGAAACAAAAAAAUUGAUGACUGAGCAACAGUAUAAAGAGUUUUUGAAAACUCAAGAACAUUAAAAGCUUGUAUAUUUAAACUAUUCAAAUAGAUAUAGUAUUCGAAAUAAAUGUUUAAAAUUA